AUGACGGAUGAUAACUCAACUAUUUAUCAUACUCGUCGUGUAAAUGAGUUGGGUAGGCUCCAAGAUGUAUUAUGGGUUGAUGCGAGGAGUCGGGUCGCAUAUGAGGAGUUUGGAGACGUCGUUUGUUUUGAUUCGACGUACUUGACCAAUGAAUAUAAACUCCCCUUUUGUAAUUUUGUGGGUGUAAAUCAUCACGGUCAAACGAUAUUGUUUGGAUGUGCAUUAGUUUCCCGCGAGAUCGUGGAAACAUUUGAGUGGGUCUUUUCUAAUUGGUUGAGGUGUAUGGGUGAAAAGCAACCAAUUUGUAUCCUAACGGAUCAAGAUCCGACGAUGAGGAAAGCUUUAAAGGCAACUAUGAAAGGAACCACUCAUCAAUGGUGUGUUUGGCACAUCACACAAAAAUUUUCCAAGAAGCUUGGCAAGCUUCCUAAUUAUGCCCAAAUUCACGAUGACCUUGAGAAUGUCAUUUAUGACAGACAUGAUUGCGAAGAGUUUGAGUCAAAUUGGCUCGAGGUUAUCAAGAAGCAUGAACUUGAAGACGAUGAAUGGCUGCAAGGUUUGUAUGAUGAACGUCAUAUGUGGGUUCCCGCCUUUAUGAAACAUCUAUUUUGGGCUGGAAUGAAGACAACUCAGCGUGUGGAGAGUAUUCAUAGGUUUUUUGAUGGGUAUUUGAGCAAGCACACUUUGUUAUUUGAGUUUGUGGAGAGGUAUUAUGAUGCCUUGGAGGUUAGAUUUACAAGUGAGAAAAAAGAUGAUGACAAUAAUGAGCGGUAUGUGCAUCAAGCUUACACGGACUUUCCAACUAAGUUGGUAUUUCAGAAGAUAUAUACGGAUGCCAAAUUUAAAGAGGUGCAAAGAGAGUGCAACCGUAUAAUAUACGUUAGUGGGAUUCAUAGAAAACAGAUUUCAGAUUCAUUAACCGAACAUGUGUUGGAGGACCGAGUUUGUUGUUGGUACUUUGAAUGUCAUGGCAUUAUUUGUCACCACAUCAUAAAGGUGUUUGAGAUGAGCAACUACUACGAGAUACCUGACAAGUACAUUCUUCAGAGGUGGAGAAAAGAUGUGAUUCAGAAGCACACAAGGGUGAAAGUUAUUUACCGUGACCCAAGCAAAACCGAGGAGGAAAAGGACUCAACUCCCUCAACUCAGAGACAGGGUAGCUGUGAUGGUGUGCAAGAAGAUGUUCCUGUGAAAGACCCACCCUUACCAAAGAGGCUUGCUCAUCGCACCAUGGAUUCCAGGUCCGCAGUAGGUAGGCUCAGUGACUUUGGAUUUUUUGACUGCAUAGAACAAUUAUAUGGAGCUAAUGUUGUUGGGUGUUUAGACCAGGUACCUCAUACUCAGAGUAUUCAGAACAUAGUACCUUACAGACCGCAGUGUGUGGGUGGCAUUCAAAUGCUGGAUAAGGAAGGCUCAAUUGGGUAUUUCACUUCCGUCGGUGGUGGAGCUCAAUAG